AUGUGGGAUCAAAUGAAGAGAGGGUUAGAGAUUAGAAGGAGAAGAAGUGUUGACAACAAUGUGUCUAAGAGGAUGGUCUACAUGAGGACCACCAGCAUGUUUAACGAAAUCAGCAGGAGACAAGAAAUUGCCAUGGCAGACACACAUGAUCCUCACUUCUUCUCCAUUACCGUAUCUGUACAGAAUCCCAUCGACUCUCUUCCCACACUCGAAGAACUUCCGGCGCCGCCUCCGCCGCUUCCUCCUCCUCCGCCUUGGGAGUCAAUGGAGCCUUGCAGUGAAUCUAAACCAGCACUCUGUUGUCGCAAAAGUCCAGCGUUUUUAGCCGUCGCCGACCACCGUGGCAGCCCUGAUGACGGUCUACCUCGCCGUCUCGAAGUGGUGGAGGCUUCUCCCGGAUUAUUACUAUUAGCUUCGGCUGAUUUGAUGCUGCUUCCGCCGCUGCCGCCGCUACGAAGCUUCUCGCUUCUCCUUCUCUUCGCCGCCAUUCUCCGAAGAGUCUGCAUCUCUUUCCUCUUCCGCCACUCUUCCUCCGACUCCGCCGGCAACGACGUCGUUCUCAUCAAACCCGUAUGCCGUGUGGUCGUCGUCGCCGCCUCCGCCACAGCCGAUGUCCCCGUCGUCAACGAAGGCUUCGUCUCCGGCUGA